CCACCCCCGCAGUGUGUGCUAAACUACUGGCAGCGCAAAGCUGCCGUGUCCUGCGCCGCCUCUUCCGCUGCCCGCUGCCCUCAGCUCCCACCUCCGCUGCUCCCGCACCCGCUCCACAGGAUCCAACAUCACCAGGGGGCGAGAUCGUGAUCGGCCACAGCCCCAUUCAGCGCUUGGCUCCAGCACCUACGUGGGCGCCGCGGCGUGCGGUGCUGACAACGCUGAGCAACAAGAUCAAGCAGAGGCAGACCAAGAGGAAACUAACCUUCGAGGAGGGUGAAGACAGAGGCGAAGAGGAGGAUGAGGUGCUCACUCAAUCAAAGAAACGAGCUGUAAUGCAUGAGGACUCCUCACUCGCGCCGUUAAUAAAGGAGGUGGAGGAGUUGCAAGGAGGAUAA